CCGGGGCGGGGCGGGAGGCGGCGGUGAGGCGGGGAUGGUGCUGGAGGCGCUGCGGCCGCGGGCGGUGCGCUGGGCGCUGCUGGUCGCUUUCGCGGCCGGGGUGCUGGCGGGCUGGCAGGCCGGCCGUGCCCGCCGCCGCUUCCUCCGCUGGCGCCAGCGCCGCCUCCAGCGCCGCCUCGCCGCCGCCCAGGAGCAGCUGGAGGCGGCCUGACCCACCCCCCCCCCCCGGGAGAAGCUUCGGUGCAAAGAAACAUAAAGAAGCUGCCAAUUAGCAACAAAACCAGACCAGGCCAGCCUUGGAGGACAAGACAUACGUGACCACAGGACUGAGUUUGCGCAGAAGUAUAAGGGUCAACUGGCGGACACAGUGAAGAAGACUACGAGCCUUCAUCUAAAGACCCCUGACGACCACCUGAAGACUCCAACUGACAUGCGCAAGAGACAUUAACAUAUGCUAAAUGAGUUCCCAGAAAAGUUACGAAUAUGAUCAAAAUGCAAUGAAUAUGUAUGAUUAAGGUAGUAUAAAUGCUUGUUGGUUUCAUUUUCACACACACACGUUAGGAGGAGCUCUCCCUUGUGCGUCCGGAGCUGUAAUAAAGAAUGCCUGCUUUCCAAAACUCCAAAA